GUGUACAGUCUGAAAUGUAAAAGGAGGGGCUUCAGCUGCUGUCCCCUAGCUCUGCUACCUGACCUGUCUCCUUGCUCUCACACUUUGCCGGGCGAGAUUAUGGCCAUUCGGCAUCAGCAACAUCCAACUGGAGGUUCUAGCGACUCAUACAGAUGCCUCUGGAAUUGCAAUCUGCCGCCAAAAAACGGACUGAAAAAGUGAGGCACCAUUUGCUGUCUCACUGGCUGCUAAAGACGGAUCCGGAAUCUGGAAGUUCCCAUAAUGAGCUGUCCCUGGACUUCCCUGCUGGCCAUAGUCCCCCUCCUUCUACUGUGCAGAUGGGCACAAUGCACUACAGGUUGUGGUGGUCUAACCUGUGUCACCGACUACUUGGAGCACAUAACAUGCAUCUGGAAAGUUCCAGUCCCACAUGAGCCUGGAGUUUCAUACCAACUUACUGCAGUAUCGGAGGAUGUGGAGAUUUCCUGUAAUCUAGACCUGAUGUCCUGUUCUGAUAGGGAUAAGGGUCUCACUGAGUACAAGUGUAAACUUUAUCAAGAAGAGGGAAUCACAAUUGAAAAUUACACCAUCAGCAUCAAAGCAAAAUACAGAGGAGAUGAAAAGUGCAUUGAAACAUGUCCUUACUUUGAUACAACGCAAAACAUAAAACCUCUUCCACCAUUCAAUCUGAAUGUCUCGUGUAUCUCUCCGUGUGAAUCGUACAACUUCACCUGGCAAAUAGCUUAUGAUGAGACCGAUUACUUAGAUGAUUUUGAAUACGAAUUGAGAUACAAAAGGAAAGAAGAUAGCUGGGAGCAACAGAAAGUCAAGCAUAUAAGAAGUAACCAGAGAAUUUUCGCAUUGGUGGCCUCCGAGUUAGAUUCGAGCACAGAACAUUCAGCACAGAUCCGCAGUCGCCCUGCAGAAAACUCUGGUUACACAGGGACCUGGAGUGACUGGAGCCCCAGAGUGAAGUGGAAGACAGCACAGUGCAAGACACCUCUUCAGAUACAAUGGCUUCCAAUUAUCUGUGGCCUCAUCCCUACAAUGGUUCUUCUUGUGGCAGUGCUGAAAUUUAAUGUACCUCAAAGAUUAUGGAAGACAGUGUGGGUGAUGCCUCCUGAUCCAGCUCCAUUCUUUCAACCACUGUUUAAGGACCAUGGAGGAAAUUUCACGAGCUGGGUUAACGCUCCACAUCCAGAUGCAUUUUAUGAAGUCAAUGAGAAAAAUGUAAUGGUCCUGGAAAAGGGUGACAGUGUUCAGGUAUACGACAAACCUAAUGGUACUGGGAAAACAUUGAAAAUGGGAUUGAAACCAUGGGACAAGCAGUCUGAAAUUCAUUCCUCAUGGCAGGCCUUGUGUGGCCCAAGUCCCUGCCAUUCAUCUCAGUCUCGGGGCCAAUUUGGGAACAACAUCCAACAAUGGAAGGAUAAAUCCUAUGGACAUGUAUCUAUCAACACUGUCACAGUAACUGAUGAGGUUGUACCUUGUUGUUCUCAAUGCAGUUAUAAAUGCAAGUCAACCAGACUACCCUACUUGACCCAAUGUAAUAGUAAUUCUACUGUAGACAAUUCAAAUGAGCAGAAUUAUCCUACUAGCAACCAACAAUUCCACCAUUUGCACCCAGUUACAUUAGAAACAGCUCAACAUUGUGACAAUGCACCACUAAACACCAUGAUGUCCCUGUUACAAUACUCUUGCGCCCAUGAGGGGAAAAGUGAAGAUACUUUGGACCUUCAGUGCCUCAACAUGACUGACUGGGGACAAGAAAAUGAACCUUUUUCUUUGAAUGAUGGGGAAGAUGUCUCUUGGAAUGACAGAAAUGUAGGUGAAGGUGGUUCUUGGAGUGAUGGAAGUCUUGAUACUCUCUCAUCAUGCAGUAGGCUUGAACCAGACCUUGGUUACCCGAAGAUAUCACUGGAUUUAGAUACUGUUGACAGUGGAUUCACUGAGACUGACACUGAUUCUAUGACCGUUGUAGAUUCUGGAUAUAAGACUAACAUAGAUACGGUUGGAAUAAUUGAUGCAGAGCACAAGCAAGAGCUGGACAAUAACAGCCCUGUUAAUUCAGAGCAGGAACAGCAGUAUUACGGAAGCUAUGUGAAGCAAUGGGCCAAGUCCACUUCUACAUAGAUGUUCCAAAGGCCAGAUAAUCAUUUCUGCAGCAGAGUAACUAUUAAACUGACUAUUUAACUUACCACACACCCUCCAAUUACCAGAGUCUUGACAUGUCACUGCAACCCCUUCCCACCCCGCCCUGUACUCAACAACCUCCUCACCCUCCUGGGACCUGACAAACCUAAUCUCUGCCGGGGAUUGAUACAUUGUUCUAUACCUGGGACCUGAAAUCCAUUGCCACUAGAUCCGACACUCCCUUUUACCCCAGGACCCAAGACCCGCUUUAUCCAACAUCCCCUCUAACCCUCGGAACUAUCCCAGGACACUCCUCACCUCUGCUUGGGACAUGACACCCUCCCUACCAUCGCCAAACCCAAUUCCUGCCCAUUCCUUUAGUCACUUAACACCUUCCAUUCCACUCUCACCCACACAAAACCCCCCUCCCUACCACCCGUCAAGCCACCCCACCACUCCAAGACUGGAUUUUGCUCUCCAUCCCACCCUUGCCAUCAUCUCCCCACCCCCAUCCCAGACCUGAAAUCACCCCUGUCCCCUCAGAAACCAAAUCUUCUGCCACUAGACCCUACACUCUCUCCUCCUGCUGCUAGAAUCCCUCCCUCUUGACUCUGUCCAUCCAGGAGCUAAAAUACCACUCCCACAUCUCCCAGGACCCAACACUCCCCCAUCUCUAAGAGUCCUUACCUCCCAUCGCCUCCCCAUAACUUGAUCCUGUGGCUCCUGCCCACCCCAACCUACCCUAAAUACUUCAUUACUUACCUGACCGCCUUCCAACCUUGUGCUCUGGCAUCCUACUCACUUGACACCCAACAUUUCUGGCAACCUUCCUACUAGCUCUCUGCCCUUCAUCACCCUAACCUCACAUUUACCUUACAUACUGACUCUUUUGUUGGAGCUGUCAAAGCGGCUGUCUGUGAUGCUCAACAGUUAAAUCAUGAUAAUUGACUGCUGUGACUUUCCCCCAAAUAUCUUGCACUAUGAGGAACCUGACAAAUUGAAAGCAUGGCUCAAGUAAAAGCAAAAUACUGUGGAUACUGUGACUCACAUUCUCCAUUUUUCCUCAAUUUGGGAAUUCCCCGCAUCAUGGUUGAUGGGGCCCUCAACUGUGCCCAACACAUCUCUCACAUGUCUGCCCUCACCUUCUCUCCUGCCUCCUGCCCAGAACAGCAACAAAUUCCACUUAUCAUCAUGUUCCUCUCUACCAAUUCCUGCAUUCAAAGGAUAAUCCUUAGCCAUUUCUGCCACCUCCAGCAAUAUGCCACCACCAAAUGCAUCUUCUCCUCCCAUCCACUGUCAACAUUCCACUGGGAUAGUUCCCUCUGUGACACCCUAGUUCACUCCUCUAUCACUCGUAACUCUUUGCCACUGCCCCACAGCAUCUUCCCAUGCAAUCGCAGGAGGUGUAACACUUUCCAUUCACCUCCUCCCACCUCAUCAUCUUUUCAUUUUGUGUUUUUAGAGACUGAGCUGAGAUGAGAUAAAGCAUGUUUUGAAAACCAGUGUUGGAAGGUGUGGCUGCAGUGCAGAAAGCAAGUAACCUAAACACCUAUUGCAAGUAUCACAAACAACUCAACAAGCAGUGAUUGGAGUUUGAGUUUCAGAUGAUUUGGGGACAAAGAGUGUCCUGAUGCAGCUUUUGCUUGCAAAAGAAUGUUGACUGGUCUAUGGACUAAUCAGCACUUAUAAAUAACAAAGACUCAUUUGCCUGCUAACAGCUGUGUGAUUGGUUCUUCGGUAACUGAACAGCUUGGAGCUCAGAAUAACUUACAGAUAGACAAAUAGAUAAACUUGAUGAAAACAAGUUUAUCUUUCUUGUAACAGUUGUUGUAAGCUGUACCUUUUAGUUGAUAAGUCAGAGACUUUUUAUAAGUAAACCACUCACUCUGUGUCCCUUACCACCAGUUGAAGUAACUGGAGAAAAAUGACUGAAGUAAAGUGCUGGCCAGUGGAAAGAGUCAUAAAGACCAUCUCAACAAUAGUAUCUGGGAACAAAGACUAAGUAACUGUCUUUCCAGGUUUUCUCCUUUGUCUAUAACCUAUUCACUUGUCUGUGUUUAUGUAAGGGGAGUUUAUAAGGGGAUUACAGAAUUGUUAAGGAGCAAAAGGAGGCCAUUCAGUCCAUCAUGCCUACACCAGCUCUUCAAACAAGCAUCAUUACCUAGUUCCAAUCUUCUGCUUUUUCCCCAUACAUUAAUUCUAUCCAAAUAAUCAUCCAAUGCCCUCUUGAAUGACUCAAUUGAACUUGCCUCCACUACAUUUCCAAGCCAUGCAUUCUAUACACUAACUACUCACUGUAUGAGAAAAACAUCCCUAAUUUCCCAAUUUUUUUUUGCAUCACUUUAAAUCUAUGGCCUUUCGUUUUUCUUUUUAAGUGUAAGAACAGUUUCGUCCUAUCAACUCUGUCCAGCCUGCUAAUGAUUUUGAAGACCUCUAUCAAAUUUCCUCUGAACCGCCUUCUCUCCAAGGAGAACAGUCCCAACUUCUUCAAACAACCAUCAUAACUGAAGUUUAUCAUUUCUGGAACCAUUCUUAUAAAUGGUUUCUGCACUCUCUUACAUCUUUUCUAUAAUGUGGCUCACACAACUGGACACAGUACUCCAGCUGUGGUCUAACAAGUAUCUUAUACAAGUUAAACAUUACGUCCUUGCACAAUGACCUCUUAUGUGUGAUUUUAUCAAAACUUUCUGAAAAUAGAAAUACACCACAUUCACUGGUUCUCCCUUAUUUAUUUUAAGGAUCAGUUUAGUUCAUGUGGUUGGUUGCAUUGCAGUGUGACACCAAUAACAUGGAUUUAAUUCCUGCACUAGCUGAGGUUAUCCUGAACAAUUGACCUUCCCAAUCUUCGUAUUAAAACACCACCAGUUUUCUCUCUCUAAUAGGACAGCAGCCCUAUUAUCUGGUAAGACGAUAGUGACUUUACCUAUUCUACUCAUUAGGUCCUCAAAAAACACAAAUAGGUUUGUAAAACAUGAUUUCCAUUUCAUAAAUCCAUGUUGACUUUCUGUAAUCCCAUUGAUAUUCUCUAGGUGUCCUGAUAUAACAUCUUUAAUAAACUCCAGUAUUUUCUUCACUACCAAUGUUAGAUUAACCAGUUUGUAAUUCCUAUUUUUCUGCCUCCAUCCUGUUAGACAACACAUUUGUUUAUUUUUUGGAUAAUGGACUGAAAAUGAGAAAAAUGGACCAUGCUUUAGAAAGGAAAGCAUAAAAAGCUGUUUAGAGCUUUGACAGAAAAAACUGGUGAAGUUAACUGGUGCAUAUGAAAUAAUCUUACUUUUUGAGGACAUUUAGUCCAGAAAAUAAAGCACCAUUUGUCAUGGGUUCAGGAGAGGCCAACAUAGCAACACGUCUCUGAUUGGUCAGGUUGCACUUUAACACAGAAAGUGUUUGUGUUUUAACAAGUAGUUGAUCAGAUGCAAAAUUAGAUUUUUGGUAUAUUUCAUGAAAUCAUUAAGAAGUUUCAUGAAACCUUGCAUUUAUCAUAAUUUUGGGAAUAACAAGGCUUGAUAUUCAUCACACUACCCAGUAAGACAUAACACUCCUUUGGGGUGUGGUGGGUCUACAUUUGUCACCCUCCAAUCUGCUGAAACUAUUCCAGAAUCAAACCUGUAUGGACUGCAACAGUCACAGAUAAUGGGGCUGACUAGUUUCCAAGCUCGUCUAUCAGAUAUGGCUCAGUGGGGUAUAAACUUGUCAUGAUGGUGUCAAGUGUUUUGAGUUGGUGACAUUCCUGCUUCAGUAAAAGUUAAAGCACUUUGUGGGAGUGAUUAAUAUUGUCCAAAAAUGGUCAGUGCUACUUCUACUGCACAUAGAAUGAAUUGAAAGUAAAAUAUCUUAUUUCUGGAUAUAGAUGAAAUGUAUGAUAUUCUGUCAUUUAAAAUUAAUUUCAGAGAUGCACAUCAUACAACUAUUUCCAGAAAUGAGAUAUUAAUUCAUUUUGAAUAAGUUUCCUGCUUAAUUUUUUUUUAGAAAUUCUGCAAAUUAACUUAAUCUUGCAAAACAUCAAACAUCCUGCACAGCAAACAAAACUCACAUUUUUGCAACACUUUAUCUUGUGAAAUGUAUUUUAGUUAACCCUCAGAUAGUUCCCAGAAACAAUACAACAGGAUUUCUGAUUAUGUGACUUCAUAAAUUUCCUCAACCAAUUCCUGUGUCUUCUUUAAAUACCCAAAGCCAAUUUGAGCUGAACCAAAGCUUAGUUAAACUCACUUAGAAGUAUUAGAGCAGAGAAAGAUUUGCAGGUGAGCCACUCUGCAGGAGCCUUUUCAAUUCUUUGGAUCUGGAGGACCAAAAUGCGAUUGGUUGAUUAACAAAUCCAGCAGCAGUGUUUUUGCACCAUUCAGUCCUCUAAUCUAGUGUAUACGUUUAACACAAAGUGAGGCUAAAUUUUCCCAGUGUUCAAACUUGAGAAUACUGGGGAAAUGGUAAGAUUGAAGGCAUGCAGGAGGCUUGAAUAUUUAGAGACCUCUUGCUGCACAUCUGAGGUCUGACGUGUUCUGCGUUUUGAAAUUAAGGCUUUUAUUAUUAAAUUUUGAUUAUUCUGAAAGCUUCAGCACCAGUAGAGCCCUAUAGACUGUAUUAUUUCACUAAGCAUCAUCCAUUGAGUUGAGUGACAAAAAUGAGGUACUAAGUAUCCCUUUAAAUCCUACAAAAGAGGUUACUGGAUGAUGCAAUUGUUGCUUCCAUGCUUGCAUUUGUUGAAUAAAUUUGCUGAAGUUUUAAACUAAGUCAAA